UAACGAGGCAUUUCGAAAGGGUCGCUUUUUUAUCACCUCAAUGGGGUGAAGAAGUGAGUUUUUUUCGGAAUUAUGGCGAGAUUUAUCGCGACAAUCAAAGCGAUUAUUACGCGAGUUGUUUUCGCCGCGCACGGAGUCAUAGGAAUAUGGCAAGUGACUAUUUUCAAAAAGAAUUCGUUUUACUGGUACCUCAGUUCGCCGAUUCUUUUAUUAUUUUUCGAAGGAAUUUUCACUUUGGCGAUUAAACAGAACCAGGAGUGGAAAUGGUUUUGUCCAUCAGUGUUUCUAUACUUAGCAAGCAUAGUACCAGCAAUAUGGCUCUUGGAAUUGGAUAAAGUCGAUAAACGUAUGAAAUUUAAAGAAGAAUUGGAAUUGCCCAUGAAUUUUACUGCCGAUGCCCAAUUGAAAGAUUUACAUAAUCUUAUUGGGGUGGGCAUUAGGUUGCCUGAAAUUUCGCUGAGUACCGAAACGUGGAUAACGUUGAUCGAGCAAUUUUUAAUGCUCAUCCUCAUUAUUGGAAGGUGGAUGCUGCCAAAAGGCGACCUGACAAGAGACCAAUUGAGUCAGCUAUUGUUGGUCUAUAUUGGAACCGCUGCCGAUAUUAUCGAAUUUUUCGAUUCGUUUAAAGACGACAAAAUCGCCGCUGAACCCAUACUUGUACUGUUGACUUUAGCAAUUUGGUCAUGGAGUUUAAUGCAAUUCACUGUAGUACUCACAGCGACCAAAUCACGUAAAUCAAGAUUGACCUCGACAAGAUCUUCAAUUAACGAAUCCCAAAGUUGUUGUACGAUAGAUGUAUGGGGCAUAGCCCUAAACAUAAUCCUACAAGAUGCGCCCUUUUUAGUUUUCCGCCUGCUGCUCAUCACUCACUUCAAAAUCAUCUCUUACAUGAACGUGUUUUUUACUUGCAAAAACACUUUGGUCAUUUUGUUGCAAAUUUAUCGGCUCUACGUUGUUCAUAGUGAACAUUCUAGAAAAAAGGAUAAUGUAGAAUUGACUAGUAUUGCUAUUAUAUCUAAAGGAGAUAUGCAUGGCAGGAAGACUCAAAGUAAGAAGGUGAAAAAGAUGAGGGAUGAGUCCAGCGAAAGUGAGGAGGAUACAAGACAUAAAAAAAAAAUCAAAACUAGAAAAGACACUGGUUAUUCGACAGGCAGCUCUCACACGAGCAAUAAACGCCUCAAAAAAUCCCAAUCCAAAAGUAAAUUGCCUACCAGUACCAAACACACCAAAUUGAAGCGCACCGACAAACAAACCAAAGGCCGAAAGAAACUGGAAGAAACCCUGUCGGAGGAGAGCCAAAGUGAGGAGUACAGGCCGACAAUCAAAGAAAAAUCAAGAAAAAUUAAAUCCGAAACGGAGUCAUCCAGUGAAGCUUCAACAGAAUGACGCCACCAGUUGGCCAUUAUGGCUAUAUUUUGUUUGUACUUGUUUAUUUUUAUUUGUUGCUUGUUUUUUAUUUAUUGUGGCGUCGCUUCGGAUGGACUUAUUAUAGCUAAAGUUAAUAAAACGAACAAAACUGUUGUUUAGCAAUACGAAAAUUUUCAAAUUUUGAUAUUUCAAUUUGAUCUAUGAAUCUUUUAAUAAUCGUGAUAAGUGAUAAGUAGUGCAAAAACAAAUAUAUUCAUUGUGCUUUUUGUUUGAGUUUUAUUAAAAGUAACAACUAUUCAAAAUUAAAGCUAAACCCAGUUGCAGCUCAUCAAUCAAGAGUCGCAACAUUAUGGUACUUAAAUAAUAUUAUAAAAAAUAAAACUUUACAAAUUACAAACAACCCUUAACUGUAGAAGUUACCAAGGCUUUCAGUGACUUUUGGUUUUUUAACAAAUCUUCCAGUUCUUGGUCGCCAGAUUUUUUAAUGAAAUCCUCUAUCAAUACGAGCGAUUCCGAUACCAAAUCCUUCAAUGUUUCCACUGGAUAUUUUACUUCGACCUUUCCCUUGGAACAUCUCGGUCUUCGUUGUCUGACGAAUAAUCUUGGCUUCGGUUUGCGUUUAACAAUUUUAGGUAC